AUGGCUGCCCAGGAGGACGUAGCGGCCUUACAGGAUGAAAUUGCACGGCGUGAGGAAGAGCUGGCUUCCCUGAAGCGGAGGUUGAGCGCAGCCCUGGCGGCUGAGCCGGAGCCCGAGCGUCCGGUCCCGGUCCCGCCGCUUCUGCCCAAGGCCGCUCUGUCGCGGGACGAGAUCCUACGCUACAGCCGCCAGCUGCUGCUGCCGGAGCUGGGCGUGCGCGGUCAGCUGCGCCUGGCGGGCGCCUCGGUGCUGGUGGUGGGCUUGGGCGGGCUGGGCUGCCCGCUCGCUCAGUACCUGGCGGCGGCCGGCGUGGGCCGACUGGGUCUGGUGGACCACGACGUGGUGGAGACGAGCAACCUGGCCCGCCAGGUACUGCACGGCGAGGCGCUGGCCGGCCACGCCAAGGCCCGCUCGGCGGCCGCCGCUCUGCGCCGCCUCAACUCGGCGGUGGAGUGUGUGCCGUACGCGCGCUCGCUCAGCGAGGCCUGGGCGCUCGACCUGGUCCGCUGCUACGACGUGGUGGCCGACUGCUCCGACAACGUGCCCACGCGCUACCUGGUGAACGACGCGUGCGUGCUGGCCGGCCGGCCGCUGGUGUCGGCCAGCGCGCUGCGCUUCGAGGGCCAGCUGAGCGUCUACCACUGCGACGGCGGGCCGUGCUACCGCUGCGUGUUCCCGCGGCCGCCCCCGGCCGAGACGGUGACCAACUGCUCCGACGGCGGCGUGCUCGGAGUGGUGCCCGGCGUGCUCGGCUGCGUGCAGGCGCUGGAGGUGCUCAAGAUCGCCGCCGGCCUCGGGGCCUCCUACAGCGGCAGCCUGCUGCUCUUCGACGGCCUUGGCGGCCAUUUCCGCAGGAUCCGGCUGCGGCGCCGCCGGCCCGACUGCGCCGUGUGCGGUCAGCAGCCCACCGUGACCCGCCUGCAGGACUACGAGGCCUUCUGCGGCUCCUCGGCCACCGACAAGUGCCGAGCCUUGAAGCUCCUGAGCCCGGAGGAGCGGAUUUCUGUGACCGACUACAAGCAGCUUCUGGAUUCCGGAGCGCCGCAUGUGUUGCUGGACGUCCGGCCUCAAGUGGAAGUGGACAUCUGUCGUCUGCCGCACGCUCUCCACAUCCCUUUGAGUCAGUUGGAACGCAGGGAUGCCGACAGCCUGAAACUCUUAGGGGAUGCCAUCCGGGAAGGGAAGCAGGAUUCGAAGGAAGGGGCUGCCCCCUCUGUGUAUGUGAUUUGCAAAUUGGGGAAUGACUCUCAGAAAGCCGUGAGGGUUCUGCAGUCCUUAAGGGCAGUGCCAGAGCUAGACUCUUUAACUGUUCAGGAUAUUGUGGGGGGACUCAUGGCCUGGGCCACCAAAAUUGAUGUGACAUUUCCACAGUACUGAGGGGACAGCAUGUGAUCUGCGUUUAUGGUUGUGAUAUCUUGAGGAUCUAUUUAUUGGAACCCAAACGUUUCGGUAAUGAAGGGAAGAGCUUGGAUUCAUAGACUUUGAAUAAAUGGCCUCUUUGCAAGGAGCUUCUUAGGAACUCAGGAUAAAAUUGUUUCUGAGAGCAGCCAUAUGUUUUGGGCACUUUGACAUGUGACAUGGAAUGUGACAGGAUUUUUGUUUCCUGUCCAGUCAAAAUGCUCUCUGGGGCCAUCCAUUUUAUACUUGUAAUUAAGAUGCAAUUUUUUUUUUUUUUUUUACAUCCUAGUCUAACAAUCAGAGGCAGUACAGUUACGCCCACCACAUUUUUAAUUAAACUAUUUUUUGGGAGGUUGGAGAGAUGACUCAGCACUUGUUGCCCUCCUGGGGGCUCCUGGUUUGACUCCCAGUACUCAUGUGUUGGCUCGCAACUUUCUAUAAGUCCGGUUCCCCAGGUCAGAUGGUGUCUCCUUGCCUUCCCUAGCACCAGGCAAGGUCUUGGUGCACAGACAGACAUCCAGGCACGCACCCAUAAAGUUUUAAAAAGAUAUUAUUUGAGUCUUAGUUCUACUUCAAAUGAUAGGCUAUACCCCUUAGAAAUACAUUCCAUGCAGAAUGUUUUCAUUAUCCGGGAAUCAUCAUUAUGGAACUUACUGCCAGAGUGCAAACUUGGCAGUGUAGCAAGACAGAAGGAGCUGCUUUGUGGCCUGUCAGCUCCCUCCGAAGUUGCUAGCAUUUUCCUUGUACUUAGCUUUAGUGUCUGCCUUAUGCUAUACCAGUGGUUCUCAACCUGUGGGUCGCACCCCUUGGGAAUCAGCCUUUUCACAGCACUCAACUGAAGACUGUUGGAAAACACAUUUAUAUGAUAAUGCAUAACAGUAGCAAAAUACAGUUAUGAAGUAGCAACAAAAAUGUUCGUAGUUGGGGUCAUCAUAUCGUGAAGAACUGUAUGUAGGCUUAGACUUUUUAACAAACUAUGUUAUUUAGUCCCUUCCAACCCUCCAACAUCGGGUAGGAGGGAAAGAAGGUUAGUGGGAACAGGGGGCAGAGUUCUCUCUGCUACUUCCUGCUGGGUAGAGUCACAGGAUUCUUUUGGGGGCAGUGUCAGGAUCAGUCGUCAGGAAAUCCAGAAGCCCAGGUCACCAGCAAACAGUAGUAGGACAAGCCAGCAGCAAGCAGUUCUCCAAACAACUGCACCUUCUUCCCCUGGGCUGUCAUGUUUAUGCCUCAGAGUCCUCAGAAUUCCACUAAUUCCAGCUGGUCAAGACCACGCUCCACACCAGACACUUCACAGGUGUGGACAAACCAAAAUUCCCUACUUGGAAUUACAGCAAAAACAUGUUUACAUGUCAUAAACCAAGCUGUCCACAACAGCUGUAUUAAAGGCUCAGAGCAUUAGAAAGACUGAGAACCACUGAGCUAUAUGUUCUGUGCUGGACACACUGCAACUCACUGACCGGGUGCACUGAAGAGCAUGGUGGAGGGACUAGCAGGGCUCUGGCUCAGAGCACCUGCAUGUCCUUGUUUUCUAGCCCUUUAGAUACUUUUGAGGCAGGGUCUUAUUUGCAGCCAGGCUGUCUUUGGAAUUCAGUGACAGGCAUGUGCCUCCAUGUCCGGCUUCCCUGCUUUGGUUAAUUUUAUAAAAUUGUUUUUGUUUCUCGGGUUUCUCUCUUAACCUGGCUGUCACACAAAUAAUUGAGACUCCUUUAUAUUUGUUUAAUAAUAAGCUUCACAACACAAUAACUGAGCAGUUAUUACUCUAGUCUUAACCCUCUAAGCUACUCUCCUUUCCUCCCAAUGUACAUCCUAGAGAUACUUGCAUUUUGUAGCUUUCUGUGCGCCAGCUUCUCUCCUGAUGUCACCUGGACCUCUCAAUUCCCCACUGAAUUCUCCAUUUCCUACUCCAGCUCCUCCUCCUCUGUCUGGCAGGAAGUCCAGCUCUAUUCUUUCCCCUGUUCAUCAGUUUGCUGUAAACUGCUUUAUUGGCAUAUCAGGGGAUAAAUAGGAUAAACAUUGAGGCAGGAGAUUCUCUGAACAAGGAUUACAACCAGAUAUGAGAGAUAUAAAAAUCAGCAUUUGAAAGGCUUGGAUAGCUCAAUUGAUAAGACUCCUGACCCUGAAUUGAGAAAUCAGCAGUAGAAUUACCCAAUAACCUUAUGCCUACGCUUCCCUGGUAUUUUGAUGAACUAGUGAUUGCAAGUAAUUAUCUUUUUUUUUUUUUUUUUAAAGAAGUGUUUGUAACCGCUUGGUGAACCAGUCAGAAUAAAAAUGAAAAGAUGGGACAGAAGAGUCACAAAGAUAAUUUUGGAAGUUUGUACUUGUGGUAUUUAAGGUUGAAUUAAAUCCACAAAUUUCUGGCAGCAGCAGGAGAAAAGUACCAAGUGGGUUAGGUUUAGAAACUGCUGCAAAGUGGGUCUGGAGAGAUGGCUCAGAAGGCAAAGGGCCAAGGUUCAGUUCCUACCACUCACAUGGCAGCUUACAACUGUCUGUAACUCCAACUCCAGGGGAUCCAACACUUUCUUUUGGGCUCCGUGGCCUCUGCAACAAAUGUGGCGUACAGACAUAUAUUCAGGCAUCCACUCAUAAUAUUUUAACUUUAAGAAACCUUAAAAAGAGGAGGAAGGUGGCUUUCCACUGUAGUUGGAACCCGAAUGUUGAUGGUCUGCAAUGGAGAAGCUAUUGUUAAGGAUGAGCAAGUACCGGUGUGGACACAGCCAUAGACAAGACGCGUGGUUCCUUCAGCAUGUGCUUCCAUGAGGCAUCUAGCCAACAUCACACUGGAGAAUGUACAGAAGAGCACACCGGUCGCAAGUGCUUUGUGAGUUCGAACACACACACACACACACACACACACUAGGAAUUGAACCCAGGGCUUUAUGCAUCAAGGCAAGCACCGAGGCUCCUUUUAAAUUGUGCCAUUUUGAGCUGGAUAGUAGUGGAUCAGGGAGGCAAAGUAGGUGGAUCUCUGUGACCAACCCAACCUGGUCUACAGAUUGAGUUCUAGGACAGUCAAGGCUACACAGAGAAACCAUGUCUCACCCCCCCCCCCCCCAAAAAAAAAAAGUAUUUUGAGCUAGGGUUUCACUAGGUUGUUCAAGCUUUUCACAAGUUGAGCACAAUUAUCACUAGCUCCCUUAUAGACAAAAAUACUGUCAGGGGGAUUCAGGAGUUCCUUUCCACUCUCCAAACUCUUCCUCCCCCAAGGAGGCAGCAUAGGCUGUGAACCUCUGGUAUAGAACUUUAUGUGUAGACCUUGAUCUGCCUGUUUUCACCUCCCAGGGCUGUGUCAUCAUGCCCAGUGCACACCCUUUUUAUGUAACUCACUUUCCAAGAUGAAGCCACUCAUCAAGAUGCAUCAGACCCUUAACACAUACUCAUUGUUGGCUUCCCACUUCAAGUGCCCUAUGUAAAUGGCCUUUUCCUGGGACCCACAGCUCACGAGAACCCGGGAUUGCCACC